UCUAACAAGAGAAAGAAGGAGACGGCCAUGGCUCCCAGUAACGUCACGACUAGUUCUGUGACCCUCGCUCACGAUGUUCCGCGGAUACCGUGGUCUCCUCUGUGACGUCAGCAGCUGGGUUCAGAAUCCGAAGAGAGGGCUGGGUCCGGCGGUGGGGCCCGCCGGCUACGCGCAGGCUCGUGGGGUCCCGGCGGCCCGCUCGGCUGAGGGAAGGCCGAGGGUCUUGGCGGCGGCGACUUUGGCGUCCGUGAGGGGCCAGCCCAGACUCAGGAUGCGGCGGAGCCCCCGCCCAGGCUCGGCCGCGUCCCCGUACAAGCACGCGUCCAACUUCUACAGCGACAACAGCAACAGCUCAGUGAGCACUACCUCGGGGGACACCAGCGGCCACCGGUCAGGUGGGCCGGGGCCCGGGGAGCCCGAGGGCAGAAGAGCCGAGGGCUCGAGCUACGGUGAGCCCGUCUUGAGCUCAGGAUUGCCCGGAGGAACCGCAUGGGACGGAAGCUCUCGGCAGAAGCCGGCGCAGCGGAGCCACAAAGUGCCGACCACCGGUGGCGCGGCUACCGUGAGGGGCGGGGCCUCGGAACCGGCUGGCUCUCCUGUUGUCUCUGAGGAGCAGUUCGACCUUCUCUCGGCCCUGAAUCUGAGGCAGGAGAUGCAGUCCCAGCGAGUAUUCAAGAGCUUCCUGAACCUAUUUUUCCAGGUGCUGAGCGUGUUUUUAUCCCUGCUAGGAGACAUGCUGGUCAGUGUGUACAGAGAGGUCUGUUCCAUCCGCUUCCUGCUCACGGCUGUAUCCUUGCUGAGCCUCUUUCUGACAGCACUCUGGUGGGGUCUCCUGUACCUGGUCCCUCCUUUGGAGAAUGAACCUGAGAUACUGACUCUAAGCGAGUACCACGAGCGCGUGCGCACCCAGGGGCAGCAGCUGCAGCAGCUCCAGGUUGAGCUGGAUAAACUCCACAAGCAGAUGUCCAGCGUUCGCGCAGCCAACAGCGAGAGAGUGGCCAAGCUCGUUUUCCAGAGGUUGAAUGAGGACUUUGUGCGAAAACCCGACUACGCGCUGAGCUCUGUGGGAGCCUCCAUUGAUCUAGAGAAGACUUCCCGUGACUACGAGGACGCGAACACUGCCUACUUCUGGAAUCGCUUCAGCUUCUGGAACUACGCGCGGCCACCCACAGUUAUCCUGGAGCCAGAUGUGUUCCCUGGGAAUUGCUGGGCUUUCGAGGGCGACCAGGGCCAGGUGGUGAUCCGGCUGCCAGGUCGAGUGCAGCUGAGUGACGUCACCCUGCAGCAUCCACCUCCCAGCGUGGCACACACCGGGGGAGCCAAUAGCGCUCCCCGCGAUUUCACAGUCUACGGCCUCCAGGUUGAUGAUGAAACUGAAGUUUUCUUGGGAAAAUUCACCUUCGACGUGGAGAAAUCUGAGAUUCAGACUUUCCACCUACAGAAUGAACCCCCAGCUGCCUUUCCCAAGGUGAAGAUCCAGAUUCUAAGCAACUGGGGCCACCCCCAUUACACGUGCUUGUAUCGAGUCCGAGCCCACGGCAUGAGAAUCUCAGAGGAAGCAGGGGACAGUGGCACAGGGGAGCCCAAUUAAACAUGCUGAUUGUUAAAAGAGUGGAGGUCUGUGCUGAAAGAAGCUGAUCAGCGCUGGAGGGUCUGUUGGAGGCUCUGGUUGUCUUUGGUAUAUGAGUGUGAUUAGGGGGUUACCUCCCAGUGUACCCUCUUCUCUUGGAGAAGUCCAGAUCAGUACAGUAGCAGAGUUCAUAUUAUGAAGGGCUUCCAUGUGGAAGAGAUGGUAUUCUGGACAUUACACACAGUACCUAACUAAUUGUCACACUCACAGAGAGGGAAACUACUCAGAUCAGGAAACUUGCUCAAGGUCAUGUUGCUAGUGGGUAAGAGUCACAGCAGGGCCCAAGCCCACCUUUUUGACUCCGGAAGCCACUCUUUUAACUGCAGAGCAGCCAGUCAGUGGGAAGCCAUGCUUGUGAACCUCAAUUCCCACUUCCAGCCUCUGGGAGUCCCUUUUCAUGAGACAAACUCUAUAAUAACUGAAGCUUAAGAAACUCUACGAAGCCUUUGAGUCAGAACUGAUGCAGGCCUGGGAGCCUCUACUCAGGUUGUCUUCUAUGAGACCUCAAGUACCCAACUCUAUGCCAGGCACAGUAGAGAUGGCUCACCAGUCUCUGUCCUCAAGGUACCUGGUACAAAAGAGGAUGCGCCAGGACACAGGGUAAUUCAUUUACUGAUCCAAUAAUUCUUCACUAAAAAAGCAGAAUUGGAGGAAUAAAAGAUGGAGGAGAUGGUCAUUAAAGGAUUAAUGGAUUCUACCUGGACAGAGGGUAGAAAAGGGGACCAGAAUGAGCAAAGAUACAGUCAACAUCUUGGCUGUUAAGAUCCUUCCCAGUGUGUUCAUAUUUUGAAAGAAUAUGCACACUUAUUAACAGUGGUUACAGUGGUUACUUUAGGAAGUGGAAUGCUGAGUAUG